ACAUUUGACAGAUGAUAAAGUGGCUGCCGUCCUAAGGUGCGAUCCGUCCGUGUUAAGCCACUCCUAUCACAGCGAAAUCUUAAUUCCGCCUUCGCUAUAGUGUCUUACAAGCAAUGUAGUCUUGUGUUAAAUUAGUGCGUGACAGUGAUAUGGCUUAGUUGUUUAAAAAGAAUCAAAUUAUUAAGCAAAAUGAGUGGGCGAUCGAGCCGUGGCGUGUUUGGUAAACUCUUCUCUAAGAAGCAGCCCAGGGAGAGAGAAGAGCGAGCAACAGACAUCGGUAUGCCGACUGACGUGAAACAACACAUUCAUGUCAGCAAGAACUCAGAAACGGGCAUGCUGGAAGGUUUACCUCUAUCUUGGUUGAGAUUGUUGAAUACCCAGAUUACACCCGCUGAGCAAAAUGAGAACCCUGAUGCGGCCAUCCAGGCCGUCAAGUUCCACAUGUACUCAAUUAAAAAGGAAAAGGCGCCCGAUGAACCAUUCAAGCCUUUCCUCACGGAUGAGGCGAUUACUGAGGAAAACAAAGAAAUCGAGAAACUACUAGAUCAUAAAAAUGCUCACCAGAGUCAAGACUCUGACUUGUCCAUUGGUCAGAGUAGUGAGGAGGAGGUCACUACCAAUGAUAUCUUCUCUCAGAGGCAGACCAUGCCUGCAGCACCCAUCAAGCACACCAUGAAGAAGAAAGAUGCUGUGAUGGACUUAACAGCUGUAGUUGAAGACUUAAGUGUUAUUGGUAAUGACCCAGAGGAGAGUCCAAUCCUGAGGAAGAAGGAGCUGAGGUACGCAACACUCACUGACGAAGAGAUUUAUGAUGAAUUGAAGAAAAUAUGUAAUAAAGAUGACCCUUAUGUCCGGUUUGAGAGGAUCAAACAACUUGGUGCGGGGGCUUCAGGUGUGGUGUUCGUCGCUAUAGAUAGUAAGGACAACUCCAAAGUAGCGAUCAAGGAUAUAGACUUAACUAAACAAAGCAAAAAAGAACUAAUACUCAAUGAAAUCAAUGUAUUGAAGGGAUUCAACCACAAGAAUCUGGUGAACUUCCUCGACGCAUUCCUCAGCUACGACCACCUGUGGGUAGUGAUGGAGCUGCUGGACGGGGGCUCUCUCAACUACGUCGUGACAGAAGUCGUCAUGAAAGAAGGACAGAUAGCGGCCGUGUGUCGGGAGACACUGCAGGCUAUAGCAUUCCUGCACUCCAAAGGCACAAUACAUAGGGAUAUCAAGUCUGACAACGUACUCCUUGGCAUGGAUGGCAUUGUGAAAGUCACAGACUUCGGUUUCUCUGCCAAUAUCGUCGGUGAUGAGAAACGCCAGACAAUGGUCGGCACGCCUUACUGGAUGGCGCCAGAGGUAGUCACAAGAAAGCAAUACGGUAAAAAAGUGGACGUGUGGUCAUUAGGUAUAAUGGGCAUCGAAAUGAUAGAGGGUGAACCACCGUACAUGAAAGAGUCUCCGCUGAGGGCUCUCUAUCUGAUCGCAGCAGUUGGACGCCCCAAGAUCCCGAGGUGGGACAAGCUGUCGCCGGACUUCCAGGACUUCUUGAACAAAUGUUUACAAGUCGACGUAGACUUAAGAGCGGCUGCUGAUGAACUGCUAAGACACCCAUUCCUCGACUGUGCCAUGGAACUGAGGACACUGACGCCGCUCAUCCGAGCCGCUCAAAAGAUACAUCACAAGAGUUAUGAUUGAGACUGGUAAUUUCUUCCAUUCCCUUUUUUGUCUACAUGUAUUUCUCUUUUAUAGCCUUUUACAUUUUUUGUAUGCUCUUUACGAUAACGACUGUUAUGAGGUGCCAAGUUUUGCAUUAGGAUUUACAAGGUUAUGACUGUAAUGUGGAUACAGACUAGCGCAACGUAAUUAUUAUCUGGCCUGAUACAAUAACACACGUAUCAAAGCAUUUCGUCGAACAUCUACCUCUGAUAUAUUUGGAAACAUUUUAUCGAUCCUAAUCAUAUAAACCUAUCUUCAUGACUAAUAACAUCGCUCUAGUCUGUAUCUAACACAAUAUGGUAUAGGGAUAUGCUAUUAUGUUAUUUACAGGGCAUUAUUUGUGAGAAGUUUCUAACAGGAAUUCAGGGAACAGAGCGCGUUCUGAUUUAGCGUUAGAUUUUAUUAUAGAUUGAGCUACACAAUUUUCGUUGUACGCGUUUAGCAUUACAUCGCAAGAUAUUUAUUUCGACAGCACACUAGGUGCGUUUAGCUUUUGUCUUAUCUACCUACUCGUAUAGAUAUGGUAUCUCCAACUGAUAUAGAUAUUCACACAUCACACUACAAUGUCUCCUUAACGCUAUUUUUCUGAAAAUGAAAGAAUCUAUAUUUUUUGUACAAGAAAAUGCCAUAAUUAUGCAACCAGAGUGGACUUAUACAAGUAAGGCUAUUUGGCUUAGAAUUUAGUUACUUAAUAAGAAUAUAAUCUGUCCAAAAUUAAGUAUUUUUCUAUUGUAAGGACUAAUCGGACAUUGGGAUCAGACUGAUAUUGUUCUAGAACAUACAUUUUUCGGUAACUUUACAACUUGUAUGCCAUUAAUCUUUGACCACUUUAUUAGUGAUUAACAAAAAAGAUGAAAAUUAUGAAAACCUUUAUUUUUGUGUAAUGAUGUAAAAAUAGAUUGUAGUUACUUAUUAGUUUUUUUUUUAUUGACGAACACUCAGUAUGUUUGGUGGUCACAAUGAUGAGGUAGGCCCAUUUUGAAAACAUAGUGGUGCCCACAUAUGUAGGCUAUUACCAAAAAUGUACAUUAAUCAAUUCUUAUUUUUUUAUAACUAGUCGUAAUCUUUUUCAUUGUUUUAUUUUUAUAUUAUGUAAAACCAGUUUAACCAAAUGGAACAGUUUAGCAAAGCUGCCGUUUCACAUUCCUCCCUCAUUUCCCAAAGUAUUAAAAAAAUAACGUUCCCGAUUAACAAAUGUAAGUAAUAAAUUUCCACACUAUGAGAUAAGACUGUACUACAGUGCUGCAUUUUUAUAAUAAUAUUUUGGCAUUCCUUCUCCUGUUGGCCUUAAGAGCUCACGUCCGUAACAAAGCUUAAACAAUAUUUUAGUGACGUAGGUUGUGUGAGCUUCCAUGCACGAGUUACAGCCCGGUCAAACAUCCGAAUGUGUGCGUCAUAUGCGUGUUUCCAUAAACAUUGCGGGUUUCUUCGGUGCUAUCCGAAUAUAUCCUCAAUGGCGACGAAAUCACAUUCAAUUUUACUUAUUUUUACAUGACAACGACCGCGAAUAAUUGGCCGUCUAACACAUAAUCAUGCCCCAUUGUACAUCAGUCACUUUGGGAGAUUUCUUUGUACAUUUGGCAUCGCAACGUGUCAUACUCACACGGAAGUAGUUUAUCCUCAAAUUACGAUUAGGUUGCUCAAACGAUUGAAAGCGACUAUCUGCCUACAACUUCAAUAAUAAAAAUGAACUUUAUUGUAUAGCUAGUACAGUUUAUUUUGCUUUGCGGUAAAAUUGGUGCCUGAAUAAAAAUAUAGUCUGGUCAUGGUAAAUAAGGAAAUCUUUUAGUGCUAUAAAUAAUGUGUAUGUAUUGCAUAUAUUUUACUAAUAUGUGGUAUUUGUAGGAUAAUUAGAUUUUGCUUACGUGGUGUUCAAAUAGUUAAAAAAGUACCUAAUCCGCUAUAGUUUUAGUCAUAUGGCGAAUUGACCAUUUUUAAGGACAUUGUUAUGCCUUAUUCAUGUUUUGGUAAUUAUUACAACUUUUUAACGAUUUGAAUUGGGUACAACAGUAACGUUAAAAUUGUAAUAGAGAUAGAGAUUGUUUGUCUGUGCAAGCAGCUGACUCUGCUUGUCAUGAGUUGGAAAAUGUUUACAGUUAAUCGUGUUUGAUAAUGAAACACCUAAAGAUAAAUGCUAGCGCCAACGUAAUGUUAAGAAAUUUGAUAAACAUGUAUUCAAACGCUUUAGAUUUAUAAUCAUAAGUUUGUAAUUUAAAUAAGGUCAAGGUUUUGCAUAAAAUAGGUAGGUUCCCGUUUUAUAAAAAUCGCAAUCAUUUUGGCAAUUAAUUGUAAUGCCACAACACAGUUUUGUACAAACUUUAAGUUUAUUAAAAGCUAAGAAACUGUCUUAGAUCAGUUAGAUCACGUUUUCUCGAUACACGUGUAAAUAAGAUGAAUUUUAAAAUUUUAACCACCCUUUGCUACCAAAGUACCAAUAAAAUUCCGUUAAUAAUUACUAAAAGUAAAUUGUAUGAAUUUAAUUUUUCACCGUAACAAGUGGACCAUUAAGUAAAAUUCAAACUAUGAGUAAAACAUUGCAAUACCAAAUUCUUAAAAAGGAAUAACAUACUGUUGAAUAAAAUAAAUGUAUUUUGAGAUUUUUUAGUAUUAUAUCAGUAUCUUAUGUUUCACCAUCGUAUUGACAAUACUUGCGUCAUACUUAUGGGAGAUAUUCGGCAUAUUUCUCCGCCAUGAGUGCCUGCUUAUACAGCGAUAGUUUAAUCGUAUUAUAGUCUAGAAUUUAAGCAUUUUCAUUGACACAACGAAGUUUUAUAUGAAAUAUUGCUAUGUAACGGCUCAGCCUCGUACAAGAUACUACUACGUAAAGUACGUACUGCGAGUUCUCUGCAUGCGAUACCCACAAUGCAGAAGUAACAAUACAGAGCCCCAUUAUAUCAUCAAGCUCCAAUCGCUCACUUUAUCACUUAGCAAAUCGAGAUCACUCGUUACCGAACUAGCCACAGAUUACAUAACAUUCAGACAGGGCCAAGGCCUUUUGAAUGGGCAUUACACUUUCUGGAAUAUUAAUUCCUUCGUCGGUUAAACGCAACUCUAAUAGUCUUAAUAAAAUGGUAAAUAAAGACUCAGUCUCUUUAACCAUUUGAUUGAAUGACUGACUGAUUUUUUAUGCCUUGUUUUGUCUAAAGAACAGAAUCCUUGGGUAAAUUUCCCGCCAAAAAAAUGCAAUCGAACAAUUACAGACAUGUUUGAUCUUAAAAA